UCUGACGUUAAGGCGGGAAACACAUGUUGACAAACAGCUGAUCCUGAUAUUCUGUGUGAAUAUAUUUACCGGUUAGGUGAAACUACUAUAUACCUUCAAUAGUUAACGUCAUCAUUUUGUGAUUAUUCGUUACAGCUAAAGAACAAGAUUUGAUGCGAGGAUUCACGUGUUUUUGAUAAAAGAGCCGCGAAGACGUACUCAUUCAGUCACUGACUUGGAUCUUCUGUUGUCGUUAUAAGAUUUCUAAAAUGUGAAAACAACAUGAAAAGAUCAAGUACAAAGACUUGAUAUUAUAUUGUUUGCGUUAAAUAGAGAAGCUAAAGAUAGCUUUUAACACUAGAUGAAAAAGGCUCAACUUCAGUUCAAAUUUUAUUAACCUCGAAAAAAUGAAACAGAAGCAAAUGAAAUCAAAAAAGAGCACAGUUUCUGGAGAUUCUUUAAUGGAACAGCUACCCCUCCAAAAGACAUGUGAUCUGCUGCGACACCGAGUAUCCCAGUUGUCCACCCCCCCACAAAUCCAUGGAUAUGACCAAGAAAGAAGACAGCUGCUGGAUUUGAUAAGAAGAACUGGCACAACAGGUGAAAGUAACUCUGCUCUGUUGAUAGGGCCGAGAGGAUGUGGCAAAUCUAUGUUGGUAGAGAAUGUUGUUGAGGAGUUGAUGCUGGACAAGGAGAUCAGAGAUAACCUUCUCCACGUACGCCUUAAUGGCCUAUUACAAACAGAUGACAAGAUUGCUCUAAAGGAGAUCACCAGACAACUACAGCUGGAGAACACAGUGGGCACCAAAGUGUUUGGAUCCUUUGCAGAGACACUUCAAUUUCUACUAGAUGCAUUGAAGAGUGGUAGCCACAGUAGUAAGCCUAUUCUGUUUGUCCUGGAUGAGUUUGACCUGUUUGCCCACCAUAAGAACCAGACACUACUGUACAAUCUGUUUGAUGUUGCACAGUCAGCCCAGGCUCCUGUCUGUGUCCUUGGCCUCACUUGUCGACUGGACGUUGUUGAGCUGUUAGAGAAAAGAGUGAAGUCACGGUUUUCCCACAGACAGAUCCACCUGUUUAAUAAUAUUACAUUAGGGGACUACACACAGCUCUUCAUCUCCUAUCUCAGUCUCCCAGACCACUUCACAGACACAAAGUUUGUAAAGACUUGGAACAAACACAUACAGGAGCUGGCCUCUGAUCAGACAGUCCUAGGUGUCCUUAGGCGCCAGUUUGAGUUCAACAAGGAUGUUAGGUCACUACAACAGCUACUGAUGUACCCUGUAUGUUGUGUAAAUGAGAAUCACCCGCUCCUCCUUCCUGCUGACUUUGUCGACGGCAUGAAGAUCCAGACCACAGACACCAAGUCUGCCAUGCUACAUGGAGUUUCUAUCCUCGAGCUCUGUCUGAUUAUUGCAAUGAAGCACCUUACGGAGAUUUACGAUGGAGAGCUGUUCAAUUUUGAAAUGGUGUACAGUGAGUACAGAAAAUUUGCCCAGAAGAGAUCAUCCAUGCAAGUUUACGAAAAAGCUGUAGUGCUAAAGGCAUUUGAACACCUGAUUGCCCUGGAGCUGGUGAAGACAAUGGAUGGAUCUGGAUCUCGUGUGCAGAAGGAGUACCGCCUCCUGUUACUGCUUGUCCAUCCCUCACAGAUCCUGGAUGCAUUGCAGAAAUACCCUAACUGUCCCACAGAGGUUAAACAGUGGGCCCAGUGCUCAGUUAUAUAACAAUCUCUUCUGGGGCACAGAAAUAGGACCUUCAUCUAAAAAGUUGGCCAAUUCCUCUGAAGAUAUGGUUCUAUGUUGCUUGACAAGGGACUAGCUCACAUUUGUCCCAGUCAUCCUCAUAGGACCAAUCCCUCCUCAUUUACGCAACAAGGAAGUGAAACAGUGUUCUCUACAGUAGAAAGCACUUGUUGGAUAGAAGACAUCUGUCAACGUCACUCCGAAAUGGUUGGACAAUCAGAGCAUUGGCUCCAUAUUCAAGACAAAGAUACUGGUCUGAUCUUGUUCAACAGGAUGUUAGUAGCUGACCUAGAAGUCAUUUGACUAAACAUUAGUGGUAUACAGUAAUAUGAAUGUUAUCAGUUUGUUUUACCGAAAAUAUCAUUGAGUCAGACUAUCUUUCGUUGCAGCUGAAAAAGAUAGGUUUCUCAUCCCUUUGGGAGAAAUUUCAGUGAAGCUUUGUCAAACUUACAAGAAACUUCAUGUAUCUUGAAUUAAAAAAAAACAAAAAAAACCAGGAUAUUUUUCAUCAUUACCAGGAACUUGUAAAAACAUGUUGAUUUUUUUACUGUCAUCACGUCUCCAGAGUUGCUAAAUCAACUGUAACAAUGCAAUGUCACCGUGCCAUGAUGUACAUGUCAAGUUUAUCACAAUUGUGUGAUAUUACAUCAGUAAUACCUGGGUAAGCAAAAUAUGACAUAUUUGUAUAUUCACUCCAUUACACAGUAUUCGUGUAAUAAAUGUUAACUUGA